ACACCGAGUCUGGUGGUAGGAGGAGCAGCCAACGCUUUUCAUUGGUCAGAGUUGACCAACCAACUGUGACGUCAGCAGUAACAGGCGGAGGCACGUGGCGCGUGAGGUCAUCCCUUUCCCCUCCCCCACCCCACUGACAGGCGCUGGCCGGCCUGACGUGCAACACGGGAGCGAGCCCAGGACUCAGCCCGCUGUGGUGCGCCGUGUGCUGACUGCGAGCCCAGUGCAGCCAGCAGCGCCCCCACUACCAGGGGGUAUAAAGGACUGAACCUGCUACACGUGCUGCUGCACGAGAGGGACACUGACCACUGAGCACUUCACUGCCAUGUGUUGAGGUGGUGCAGGUAGUCUUCAGCCCACAAGCGCCAGGACAAUACAGACUUGGACAGGAAAUGUUUGAAAAGCGGGAGUGAAUGAAACCUUGAUCCUUUCCCCCAUCUGAGAACUGAGAAAAGCCCCCCAGCGACCUCAGCAUCCAAUCAGAAGUCAGCAAACUGUGACCGAGCUGACACCACAAACCCUCGCAAAGUCUGGGUGCAAGUGAAGUCAGAGCCCAGCAGACUGGGAGCACAGCCCCUAGCACCCUGUGGGUACAACACACAUCACAACCUUCACACAGCCGGCCAGCUGACCUCAUGUCCACAAUGACCUCUCCAUCCCCACUGCGCAUGCGCUGGAUCGUUGGUGCCCUUGUGGUCUGCCUCCUCCUCCACGCCGUGCGAGUGUCAGCUGAGGACAGGAGGUCGUCGCCCGACGACAUCAGCCACUUCAUGAAUGAUUCCUUUAAGGACCGUAGAGGUCUGGCUGAUGAUGGGGACAAGGCUAGUGACCAGGAAGUAGACAUGAACAUCAACACUGUACACAGUCCAAGUAUUCACACAGAUAUGAACGCUGUCUACCCUUCAAAUACUCACAGACACCAUUCUGUAGAAAACCUUCGGGAUGCUUCGGAAGGCUUAGAGCUCAUGGACGGGACACCUGGGGUACAUGGGAAUGAAGCUGACCCCGACUUCUGGAGAUGGGGUUGGUCAGCCAAAGAACUUCCCUUGGCGCCCAAGACUUGGACACAGCAGCCAUCUGCACCCUCCAGGCCGAGAGAGAAAUGGCCAGGCUUCACUUCCUGGACUGGCCAAGUAUCCGGACAUCCAACCCACUCAGAAAAACGACAAGCCUUCAGUGCCUGGGCUGGAAAAAGAUCUCCACAUUUCCACAACCGCGCUGAAGCUGCUAUACGGCGGCGCACCAGCGAUGACGGUGACGAUGGUGAUGUCGAUGAUAACCGAGGAAAAAGACCGGCAUUCAGUGCCUGGGGCGGCAAGAGGUCUGAGGAUGAUGUGGUCGCCACAACUAGACCUGCCCUCGGCAUCUGUCACGAUGGUCAGCUUGAGAAAAGACUAGCUCUCGGAGCCUGGUCCCCAAAGGGUGUCCUCCUCCCUUCAGAAGCAGGCAGGGCUCGUGUUGGGGUCGUCAAGCGAAGCGUGAUGGCCUCGAAGGACAAGCACAAGCCAGCACGUGCACAAGGUCACAAGCGUCGCUUCAGCGCGUGGGGUGGCAAGCGCUCGGACUCCUGGAGCAGGGUGGGCCCACGUGACAUGCUUCAAAUAGCUCUGGAUGUUGACAAUGGCGGUGUUGGUGAUGCUGGUUAUGAAGGAGAUGAUGAAAGUCAACGUGUCGCUGAAGACCACCAGCAGUCGAGCUUUGAUGAAGAUGCUUUAAGCCUGAAGGAGAAGCGGCAAGCGUUCAACGCGUGGGGCGGGAAGAGGUCUUGGCGACAGUUGUGGGGACAGGGACGGCCGGCGGGCGCAUCAGACGAAGGACAUUCCUGGGACGCACAGGGGAAUUCUCAAGAAUCGACAUCUUUCCUGAGACGACCGCAGCUGGACAAAGAGUUUGAGGAGACAUCAGCUGUGGCAAUGCACACCCGAGCGCUGCGUGCUGCCUUCAGUGCCUGGGCGGGCAAAAGGUCUUCACUGCUGGAUGUGGAUCACGAGGACACGGGACGGCACGUGCUCAGCGCCAAACGACAAGGAUUCAGCGCCUGGGGAGGCAAGUAGUCGGGUGGCACUGCCAGAUGCUGACGUGCAGCGCCCUCUCCAGUGCUUCAGGCAGGAGGAGGGAUUACUUCAGCAAUGAAAUGUUGUUAAAUCAUCGUGAUGACCGCUCGUAGGCAACUAACUUCACUCGCUUCAUGGACAGAAUAAUGAUGUCGACUGUGAUCCACAGUUUAAAAAAACGUGUUUACAAACUGCGUUAUUUAAAGAUGUGGCACGAGAUUUCAGGAAUCUGUUGAGGAAAUAAAAUUGUAAAAAAGACACUAGUGACUAGUGACAAAAUUGUCGAUAGACACAAGACAAUUAUGGGAUGGCCGCGAUAUUAUAGUUUCAGCUGGUCCUGGAGCAGGUGUCCUCCCCUUCCACAGAUCAGCAUCCCACUGGAAAGAAAAACACAUAAUAAUCACAAUAUUUCGACCUUUUGCUUUAUUAGCAUUGGAAAUAUUGGUAAACAAGAUGAUUAGGUACCUGGCAUUAAAACAAGCUGCCAUGGCGAGAUGCUAAUGUAAACACUUUGACAGUUUAUUGCAGUCAAGAUCUUCAAGCUGUAAUAACAUGGAAGCUUCAGCUAUACAAUGGAUGACAUCUCAAAAAUUAAACGAAUUAUU